AGUGGGAAAAUGGGAUUUCCCUUUGUUGGAGAGGCAUUUGGCUUUUUUACCCCUCAUAAAUCAUUCUCCAUUGGUAACUUCUUGCAACAACAUCGCUCGAGAUAUGGAGAAGUAUUCAAAUCCUAUAUUUUUGGGUCUCCAACUAUAAUUUCAUGUGACUUAGAGCUCAACAAAUUUGUCCUUCAGAAAGAAGGAAAACUGUUCCAAAGCAGCUACCCAAAACCAAUUAGAGACAUUCUUGGUAAGCACUCUUUGAUGAUUGUCACUGAUGUUGAACUUCACAAAAAGUUGCGACGCAUUGAAGUUGGCCUCAUCAACAAAUUCAGCUGCACAUCGAAUUUUCUAGGUGACAUUGAUAAAUUGUGUGUCUCGUUAAUCGAGUCGUGGAAAGGAAAUCCACUUAUUCACUUCUCAAAACAAGCUAAACAGUUUAGCUUUAAUCUGAUGUUGAUGAAUUUGUUGGACAUGAAACCGGAUGAGCCACUUGGUUUGCAAUUAUUAGAAGAUUUCCUCACAUUUAUGAAAGGCUUUGUCUCCAUUCCAAUUAACCUUCCGUGGACACCCUAUGCCAAGGCGGUCAAGGCUCGUACGAGGAUUUCAUCCACGUUGAAACAUAUACUAAAAGAAUGGGAAAAUAGAAAAGACGUGGAAGUACUAAAUGGGCAAAAAAAAGGAGACCCUUUUGAUGAGAUUUUAGUGAAAGAAGACUUAAUUAGUGAUGCGGAGAAAGUAAGCAUUUUACUAGACCUUUUGUUGGCAGGUUAUGAAACAACCUCAGGACUUUUGUCCCUACUAGUCUAUUUUCUUGCCCAAUCACCACGAGCUCUUCAAACUUUGAAGGAUGAACACCGUGCAAUAAGGAGAAAGAAAAAGGAGGAGGAACCCCUAAACUGGGAAGAUUAUAAGCAAAUGGAAUUCACCAUUAUGGUUAUAAAUGAGACUCUACGUUGUGGCAACUUGGUGAAGUUCGUUCACAGGGAAGCUAUCAAGGAUGUAAAAUUCAAAGGAUAUCAUAUUCCAGCGGGUUGGAAAAUACUUCCUAUUUUGUCUGCAGUACAUCUUGAGCCGUCGCUGCAUGAAAAUCCAUCGCAGUUUAACCCUUGGAGAUGGACCGUUUUUGCAUUGAAAAAAAUUCAGGAUCCAGCUACAAGCAAGAAGGUGAUCCCAUUCGGAGGUGGAUCACGGUUGUGUCCCGGGUCGGAGCUUGGUAAAUUAGAAGCAUCUUUCUUCCUACACUAUCUUGUCCUCAAUUACAGGUGGACAAUGAAAGAAGAAGAUUAUCCAAUGUUGCACCCAUAUAUGGACUUUCCAGGAGGAUUGCUAAUAGCUUUGGAGGCAGAAACAGUCGAAAUUUAA